AUGUCCGCCCAGCUUUCUCUCGUCCACGGCCCAAAAGAGCCUCCCCUCUGGCUCGAUAAGACAUUAUGCAACGUAAUCGACCAGCAAGAGGCAUCAUACCCCGACCGGACGGCACUUAUUGUUCCAUGGCAAUCGACACGGCUCUCGUAUUACCAACUCGCCGAGCGAAGCCGGGUUGUCGCAAAGGCGCUGCUUAGUGCGGGACUGCUCCACGGCGAAUGCAUCGGGAUCAUGGACGGAAACAGCUACGAGUAUAUCGAGAUCUUCCUUGGUGCGGCACGAAUUGGGUGUCCGGUGGUUGUUCUGAACAACACGUAUACUCCGGAUGAGCUGAGGAAUGCGGUUUAUCGCAGCUCUUGCAAGGCCGUGUUUAUUGCGCCAAAAAUCGGGACGCGGAGUCUGAUGGGGCAUGUUGAAAAUCUUCAGGAUCGAAGCUCGAAGAAUCCUACAUUGUCGGAAUUGCAGUAUAUUGUCCUCUUGAGAACAGAAAAGCUAAGCCCUGCUAGCGAGAUUUUGCACACAUACAGCAAGUUUCUGCGACCGAAACCCUCAGGGGAUGUGGAGAAGGCACUGUUCCAGGCACAAGCAUCGCUUGCGCCAGAAGAUGUUCUCAAUCUCCAGUUCACAUCCGGAACGACCGGCUUACCAAAGGCAGCGAUGUUGACAAACAUAAACAUUCUCAACAAUGCACGCUUCGUGGGCAAUGCCAUGCGCCUGACUCCGUCCGACGUCGUCUGCUGCGGUCCACCCCUAUUCCAUUGUUUCGGUCUUGUCAUGGGUUUCCUCGCAUCGUUUUGCUACGGUGCCUCGAUCAUCUUCCCUUCGGAUCACUUCAAUGCAAGUUGCGUUGUCGAAGCUCUAAUGGCUGAGGACGCGACGGUUCUCCUAGGCGUACCGACAAUGUUCAUAUCCGAGCUGGAAAUCCUCACUAAGACAGGCCAGAAGCCACGUCGACUGCGUACGGGACUGGCAUCGGGCUCACCAGUCUCUCAAACUCUCAUGAAUGAGAUCCGGGCACGCAUGGGUGUCGACAAAAUGCUGAUCGCCUACGGCAUGACGGAGACGAGUCCGGUAAAUUUUAUUACCUCGCUGGAUGAUCCUGAGAACAAGCGGAUCUCUACAAUUGGGCGCGUUAUGCCACAUACGGUUGCGAAGGUGGUGGAUAAACAGGGGAAGAUUGUUCCUCAGGGGCAGAGAGGGGAGUUAUGUGUUGGUGGCUAUGCGCUGCAGAAGGGAUACUGGAAGAAUGAGGAGAAAACGAGGGAAGUGAUGAAAUACGACGCGAAUGGCAUGCUUUGGAUGCAUACUGGCGACGAGGUGAUGAUUGAUGAAGGAGGAUAUGGCCACAUCACUGGGCGUAUCAAAGAUCUGAUAAUCCGCGGAGGAGAGAACAUAUUCCCAAGAGAGAUUGAGGACCGCCUGGUUGCCCAUGACUCCAUCACGGAAGCGAGUGUAGUAGGAAUCAAGGACGAGAAGUACGGCGAAGUUGUGGGCUGUUUUCUGAAACUGACGCCAGGAUGCCAGAGAGUGCAAGACACAGAGAUCCAGCAGUGGGUUGGGGGCAAUUUGGGCAGACAUAAAGCUCCGCAGCAUGUCUUCUGGAUUGGUGAUGUAGCAGUGGGCGACGACUUCCCCAAGACUGGCAGUGGCAAGCAUCAGAAGCACCUGCUCAGGGACAUUGGGAACCGCCUGGUUGCACAGCGGAAACUGAGGGCGCGCCUAUAG